CGGCACGUUCGGAAGAAUCCCGAGGACGAGGAAGCGGGAGUGAACUGUUGUUGCUUCCUUGACUCCUUUGAUCCUCAAAGACAUCACAACUAGACGUUCCCGAGACGAAGGGCUAGUCGAGUCAAGAUGCCUACUGAGACCAUCGAGGUGGAUACGAUCACCUCAGUCCCGCACCCUUCAUACCCGCUUCGCAAGCCCGGCUGGGCAAUAGUCACCUCAGCCACGCGCGCCUACGCCUCCGUAGGGUUUGCGGCAUCGGGUGCCUCGCCUUCCCCUCCUACCGUCUUUGUGACCAGCGACCUCGUUUCACGGGGGAAGCCCGCCCCUGACCCGUACCUGCUGGGCGCAGAGCUUUCGGGCGUUGAUCCCCACCGCUGCUUGGUGGUGGAGGACGCCCCGCCUGGGGUGAGGGCGGGGAAGGCUGCUGGGUGUCGUGUGCUUGGGUUGGGGACUACACACGAUAAGAGGAGGAUGUGGGAUGCUGGAGCGGAUUUCGUUUGCGAGGAUCUGAGCUUCGUGAGGGCUGAGUGGGUUGAGAGGGAGGGGGAGGAUGGGGGGAAGAUGCUCAAGUUGAUGGUGACUAUUCAGGGGGAGGAGAGGCCGUGAGACGGGCGUGAUGAUUGGAAGC